GAAGAAGAGGGAAAGAAAAAGUAAAAACAAAAUAAUAUACAUACAUAUAUAUAUGUGUGUGUGUGUGUGUGUGAAAAUAAAAAUAAAAAACAGUCGGGGUGUAUAAUGAACGAGAAGUGAUAUUAAUUGUGUGUGGUUACACCCUGUUAUUCUCCAUCAUCAUAAUUAUAAAUGCCUGAAGAAGCUUGAUAAGUUUUAUAUAUUCCAUAGAAGCUGGUAUAAAAGCAAUUGAAUCAACAACUGAUACAUAGUGUUCAUUAUUGUCACUCUGACAAAACAACAGGGUUCUCUCUCUCUGUAUAUAUAUAUAUACAUACAUAUAUAUUUAUAUAUCAUAUAAUAAAAAAUAAUAACUAUGGAACAAUUUCUUGGAAAAUGGGUGGAAAUCAAAGAAGAUGUGGAAACCAAGCGCAAAUUUAUGGAGACACUGGACUUUCCGAAGGAAGUAAUUGAUAAAAAGAUGUCCAAUACAGGUUUUCUGGAAACUGUAAAAGAUGGUGAUCUGUUUAAAAUGACUACAGGCUUUGUCGACGAUCCUGCUUACAAUAAAUCCUAUCAUUUUAAGAUGAAUGAAACCUUCUCUGAUACAGAUUUUUAUGGACAAAAAUUUACGUUGGUUUGUAAAGUUGAAGGUAACAAAUGGUAUGAUAAAUUGACUGAAUCUUAUAAUCGAGCAGAAAUUGAGAAUGUCCGAGAAGUUGUGGGAGACACAAUGGUUGUGACAACAUCUUGUGAUGGGACAUCAGUGGUUUCAAAAUUCAAAAGAGGAUAAGAAUUAAGGAGAAAAUGAAAUUGGAAAAAAACAUUUGCAAACACCAACAUAGUGUAGAAAUUUCGAAUUGGACAGUUAACUAAAAUAAUCCAAAAUCCAAGUAUUUUAUUGACACAUAUUCCAAUAAUCCAGAAAAAUGAACGACAAAACCAGAUCUGGCAGGAUUUAAACUGGAAAGAGAAAAUAAUGGAAUAAAAUACUGCAAGACCAUUUUGUUUGCUGUUUUGUUGAUUCUAAAAACAAAUCAACAUCAUGUCACUUUGAAUAAAAGAAGCAAUUAAAUUGUGAA